CCAUCCACAUUGUAUUUGACUUGAUCAACCAAAACUUCUUUAAAAACAACAAAGAAAUUCAUUCACCACAUAAAUUCUUAGCAUUCCAAAUCCUGGGUUGCUUGUUUUUCAUCAAGAAUGGCAGAUAAUAAUCAGCAGAGAGUGUUUCCUGUUCAUGAUGUUGAGGCACCGCAGACACCAACAGCUCCCUUGAUGGCUCGGGGCACCUCGAAAUCCGACAACAGAAAUCCGGCCGACAAUCAGCAGCAACCGCCGAUUCGACGUACCAUUCCGGUGAGGCAUGCAAAACCACCCAAGAGGAGAAGAAGCUGUUGCUGCAAGUGCUUCUGCUGGAUAUUUAGUCUCUUGUUGCUUCUGAUAGUUCUGAUUGGCAUUACUGUUGGUGUCUUAUACCUUGUGUUCAGGCCAAAACUACCAGAUUACUCAAUAGACAGAUUGCAAAUCACCCAAUUCGAUCUCAGCAACAACAACAGCUUAUUCGCCACGUUCGACGUGACGAUUACUGCCAUUAAUCCGAACAAGAAGAUUGGGAUAUACUAUGAGGGAGGAAGCCAUAUAAGUGUGUUGUACACAGACACACAACUAUGUGAAGGUUCAUUACCAAAAUUCUAUCAGGGUCACAAGAACACAACUGUGCUCAAUGUGCCUUUGACUGGACAAACACAGAAUGCAACUGAUUUGUUCACAUCAUUGCAACAGCAGCAGCAACAAACCGGUAUGAUUCCAUUGAAGCUUAAGGUUAAGCAGCCUGUGAGGAUUAAACUUGGUGACUUGAAGCUCUUCAAGAUCAAAUCAUAUGUUAGGUGCAAAUUGGAGGUGGAUAGCUUGUCUGCUAAUAAUGCUAUAAGUAUUAGAAACAGUAGCUGUAAGUUCAAAUUUAGGCUAUAAAUUCUUUUUUAUGUGGAUGUAAUAUAUAUAUAUAUGCUAGGGGUUGUUAUAAUUUCUUUUAUUUGUAUUCUACUAUUUUUGGUUGCUCUGUUCUUUAUGCAGGGGAAGGCUUUGUAUUAGUUUUCUCCCCCUCAGACGGUCAUACGAUUGAUGUAUUUUUUUUUAAUAAUACCUAUGCAGGCAUAAUAUAUUUCCAGGUUUUCUUUUCGAUA